AGAAAUUAAUUUACAAAUAAGAAUUUUUCAAAGUAAAAUUCAACAAGAAUAUUCUAUGGGUCCUUAUGGAAUAUUUCACUUAGAUUUAAGAAUAACUGGAUCGCUAUUGGCAAACAUAUUUAUUUACGUUCUUGUGGCUUUGCAAUUUAAUUUUGCAAAAUCUUAAUGUAUCUUAGACAUUGUUGAUAGAUGGCGCUAUAUCAACGUGAUUUUGACAGAAAACAUAACCUCACUAAUAAGUUAAUGACAAAUAUUAAAAUUUCUAUUUAUUAUUACUGUAUUAAAAUAUGGAAUUAUCAAGUGAAAAUAAAUGGAAUCUUAGAAGUUUAGAAGCACCACCAUUUACAAGUUAUAAAACAUUAAAAGUUAUCAAUAUAAAUUCUUUGAUUAAAUGUUGUGAAGCUGCACAAGAAUUUUUUGGGAAUCAAAUCCAUUUAGAAGGCGACUCUUUAUUGUUAUCAAGAACAGUGUACAGAAUGAAAUACAAAUUUCGUACUGAUAAAGGGUUUAAAUUUAUGCAAAAACUAAAUCGAUCCUUAAAAAAGUAUUUUGAAUUAAAUUUCUUUUGUGUAAUCAAAGAUUUUUAUGAUUUAUUACCAGAAACUGUUCAAGUAGGAAGUUAUUUACCCACAAAUAAUAUGUUGGAUUAUCUUAUUGUAAGGCUACAAGGAUUAACAGCUUUAAUGAAUUAUGUAUCUGAGUCUGCUAAAACAGCAGCUGAUCUUAUGGAACAAAGAAUGUCAAUUGGACAUUUUUGGAAAAUGGCGUUUUAUUCCUAUGCUUUACUUUCAAGGAUUUGGUUUCUUUCAAAUGAUAUAGUCAGAUUUUGUUGUAAAUUGUAUAUGGAGUUAUUACCAUUAAGGAAUGUUUUGGAUGGUGAACAUAAUUGGGUUGGUAUUGAUUAUCAAUUUCCAAGUAAUUUAGAAAGUUGGCUUAAUAUUAAUAAAUCAGAAAAUAAUUUGAAUUCAUAUCAAGAUCAAAAUUUUCAUUCUGAGUGUGGAAAUAAAGAGGAUGAAUUAAGUGCUGAAGAAAGUGAUACUUUAAAAAAAGAUAAACCUAAAUCAGCUUUUGAGUUGAUGGUGGAUGAUGAUGAAAUAGGUGAAGUUAUUCAUAAAAAGAAUGAAGAGAGAAUAGUUAAGAAAAGGAAGAAGAAAGGAUUAAAAAAGAAAACAAAUAAUUCUAAAGAACAAAUAAAAGAUGAAAUUUCUUCAUUAGAAAUAAUUGAAAACUUGACAGAUUUUGUUAUUUUAAAUAAAUUUAUAGAAAAAGAAAGUAAUUUAAGAACCCAAGAUCGUAAUAAAUGCGUUUUUAAAUGUUUAGAUGGAUUAGAGUGGAAAAUGUUACUAGGUAAAAUUAAAAAAUUGCGUAAAAAUAAAAAGAAUGUAGAUAAGAAUUUGCAAUUAGCAAAGUCAAUUGAAAUAUUAAAAGCUUCAUUAUGUGAAAAAUAAAUAAUUGUAUAAAAUAAUACAUAUAUAAAAUAUA